GUAGGCCAAUAGGAAACCAGUUUAAGUGCACAUUUAUCUUUUAUUCUUCCUGCUAACUGAGUAGCAAAGAGACGGUCAUAGAUAACAGCUGCAGUCUGAUGCAGAAGCCUUUACUAACUUUAUAAAGGUGUCUGCGUUUCCCUUCUCUGGCUGCAGUCAGAAACCAUUAACAUCCCAUUUCUUUUACCUCUAGCAUGCAGGCCAUUGACCACUCAAUAGCUCCAGAUGAGGAAGUAUUCAAAAGCAGGAACUUAAGCUUAUUUACAAAAUGUUCUGCUUUCUCAGUCUGAGAAAGGAAACAUGAAUGCGAGUGAAGUCUCCGCAGUGUAUCGUUGAAAAAAGAAUCAAAGUUGGAUUAAUUAACUGAAAAGUAUCAGUCCUUGGCUCAAGCUGUUGUAUUAAGAAUGGGCAGUAAGGAAAGAUAUCACUGGCAGAGUCAGAAUGUCAAGCAGAGUGGUGUCGACGACAUGGUCCUUCUUUCAAAGAUCAGUGAGGAGUCCAUUGUGGAGAACCUUAAGAAACGUUACAUGGAUGACUACAUUUUUACAUACAUUGGUCCAGUGCUCAUAUCAGUAAAUCCAUUCAAACAGAUGCCUUACUUUACAGACCGGGAAAUUGAACUUUAUCAAGGAGCUGCUCAGUAUGAAAACCCACCUCACAUCUAUGCACUGACAGACAAUAUGUACAGAAACAUGAUGAUUGAUGGAGAAAACCAGUGUGUUAUUAUAAGUGGUGAAAGUGGAGCUGGAAAAACAGUAGCUGCAAAAUACAUAAUGGGAUACAUCUCCAAAGUAUCCGGAGGAGCGGAAAAAGUGCAGCACGUGAAGGACAUUAUUCUCCAGUCUAACCCUCUGCUAGAAGCUUUUGGAAAUGCCAAGACUGUGAGGAACAACAACUCCAGCAGAUUUGGAAAAUAUUUUGAAAUCCAGUUUAGCCGAGGAGGGGAACCAGAUGGUGGAAAAAUCUCCAACUUCCUUUUAGAGAAAUCCAGAGUGGUAAACCAGAAUGAGAAUGAGAGGAACUUCCAUAUAUACUACCAGCUAAUUGAAGGAGCCUCUGAGGAGCAACGGCAAAACCUAGGAAUCAUGACCCCUGAUUACUACUUCUACCUUAACCAGUCAGCAACCUACAAAGUGGAUGGAACAGAUGAUCGACAAGAAUUUCAUGAAACUCUGGAUGCCAUGCAGGUAAUCGGGAUCCCACAGCAGCAACAGCAGCUUGUCCUCCAGAUCAUUGCAGGGAUUAUGCACCUUGGAAACAUCGGCUUUAGAGAAUGCGGUAACUACGCACAAGUGGAAGACAGUGAUCUUUUGGCCUUUCCUGCAUACCUGCUUGGAAUUGACCAGACUCGUCUUAAUGACAAACUGACGAGCAGAAAAAUGGACAGCAAGUGGGGUGGCAAGACAGAGUCCAUCAAUGUGACACUGAACGUAGAACAAGCAUCCUACACCAGAGAUGCACUUGCGAAAGGACUCUACUCCCGCUUAUUCGACUUCUUAGUAGAAGAGAUUAAUAAAGCUAUUCAGAAGCCUUAUGAAGAGUACAGCAUUGGUGUCCUGGAUAUCUAUGGAUUUGAAAUAUUUAAGAAAAAUGGAUUUGAGCAGUUUUGCAUUAACUUUGUAAAUGAGAAAUUGCAACAGAUCUUUAUUGAGCUUACUUUAAAGGCUGAACAGGAAGAAUAUGUGCAAGAGGGAAUCAACUGGACUGCUAUUGAUUAUUUUAACAACAAAAUUGUGUGUGACCUCAUUGAAAGUAAACUGAAUCCUACUGGAAUUAUGAGUGUCCUUGAUGAUGUGUGUGCCACAAUGCAUGCCACUGGAGAGGGAGCAGAUGGUACCCUGCUACAAAAGCUUCAAGCAGCUGUUGGGUGUAAUGAGCAUUUCAACAGCUGGAACUCAGGCUUCGUUAUACAUCACUAUGCUGGAAAGGUGUCAUACGAUGUGAAUGGAUUUUGUGAAAGAAAUCGUGAUGUCCUCUUCACUGACCUCAUAGAACUCAUGCAGAGUAGCGAAUAUGGCUUCAUUCGGAUGCUUUUUCCUGAAAAGUUAGAUGUGGACAAGAAAGGCAGGCCAACCACAGCAGGUACCAAGAUCAAGAAACAGGCAAAUGAUUUGGUAAACACCUUAAUGAAAUGCACCCCACACUACAUCCGUUGCAUUAAACCUAAUGAGACCAAACGUCCAAAGGACUGGGAAGAGAGCAGAGCCAAACAUCAAGUUGAAUAUCUUGGACUGAAGGAAAACAUCCGAGUUCGAAGAGCAGGCUUUGCAUACCGAAGAGUGUUCAAAAAAUUUUUACAGAGGUAUGCUAUCCUAACCCCAGAAACAUGGCCUUCCUGGCGUGGAGACGAGCGUCAGGGUGUUCAACACCUACUGCAGUCUGUGAACAUGGAUUAUGAUCAAUAUCAAAUGGGCCGCAGCAAAGUGUUUGUCAAAAAUCCAGAAUCAUUAUUCUUGUUGGAAGAGAUGCGAGAACGAAAGUUUGACACUUUUGCACGGACUAUUCAGAAAGCAUGGAGGCGCUACAUUGCACGAAGAAAGUAUGAACAAAUGAGAGAAGAAGCUUCAAGUAUACUUUUGAAUUUCAAGGAAAGACGGAAAAACAGUAUCAAUCGCAAUUUUGUGGGGGACUACCUUGGAAUGGAGGAUAGGCCAGAGCUCCGACAAUUUAUUGGAAAAAGAGAGAGGAUAGACUUUGCAGAUUCUGUUAAUAAAUAUGAUCGUCGAUUUAAGUCUAUAAAGCGUGAUGUCAUUCUAACGCCAAAGCACCUUUAUAUGAUUGGCCGUGAAAAAGUCAAGAAAGGUCCAGAAAAGGGUCAAAUCAAGGAAGUGUUGAAAAAGAAAAUUGAAAUUCAGACCAUCAAGGCAAUUUCUCUCAGCACCAAGCAGGAUGAUUUCUUUAUUCUUCAUGAAGUGGAGUAUGAUAACCUUCUGGAGUCUGUAUUCAAGACAGAGUUUCUUAGUUUGCUUUGUAAACGCUUUGAGGAACUCACCAAGGGCAAGCUUCAGCUCAGCUUUUCAGACACACUACAGUUCAAAGUGAAGAAGGAAGGCUGGGGAGGAGGUGGAACUCGUAAUGUCGUCUUCAGCAGGGGCCAAGGAGAUCUGACUAUGAUAAAACCUGCAGGGAAGACACUUAAUGUUAGCAUUGGAGAUGGACUGCCCAAGAACACAAAGCCAUCUCGGAAAAGUGCCCCACAGUCCAGAGGUCAACCAGGUUACCAUCAAACCAAGAAGCAUGGGCCUCCAAGUAGAGGUCUCCCACCAACUCCAAGAGAUGAUUACCGGAAUGGGGCAGCACAAUUUUCCAGGAAUACUCCUCAACAAGAUCAGAUGUACACUUCACCAAACAAACAUGGCAAGGCACCUCCAGCCACAGCACUAGUAAAACACGGAGCCACUAACAAAGCACGGCAAGUUUCCUCGUCAUGUGACAUGGAAUUUUUAAAUGUGCCUGACCAGGGUGUUGCUGGGCAACAAAGGAAGAAAAGCAUUAGCAAGAGACCACAACCUGGAGUGGGUCGCCCAAAGCCACAGGCAAAAGCAGCAGCUCCCAAAUGUCGAGCACUCUAUCAGUAUGUAGGCCAAGAUGUAGAUGAACUCAGCUUCAACGUCAACGAAGUCAUUGAUGUUCUGCUGGAAGAUGCAUCGGGAUGGUGGAAAGGCAGGCUACGUGGAAAAGAAGGUCUAUUCCCUGGAAAUUAUGUGCAAAAAAUUUGAUUGUAAGCCUUGAUAGUGUUUUCAUCAUUAGAUUACCAAUGGACCUGUAGUUGAAUGCCUAUUUAUUACCAAAGCCAGUUCUUCUGAUUCACUAGCCACAUACAGAGGAGGAGUAUGUUGACAUUACACCAGUCAAAACAAGAGCAUCACAGCUUUGAAUCUGUACAAUGCAUAUUCCAAAGUCCCUUACCUGAACUGGCAGAAGAUUUUUAGCAUUUUUAACUUUUUCUUGUCUUUUUUUUUUUUUUUUUUUAAGUUUUGUAAGCAUUUUUGCACUUUUGAAACAGAACUUUUCAGCUGAUCGAGCUACACGGUGUGCAUCAGCAAAAGCAUUGCAUAACAUACACUGUUCCCUUUAAAAUACAGUCAAAGUGAUUACCUUUUCUGGGAUCCUUUGGGAUGAUGUGUAAUGUAACUCUCUGAAAACUAAAAUAUUGAAAAGUCACAGCUACAAGCCGCAUUAAAUCUAUGAGAUUUGUUUCUUAUAAUAAAGCAGCAACCAUAUUCUGACACACUGAAUAGUCCAGACUGUGAACCAAAUCAAAUCUUAGAAGACAGUUUCCAGGAAUAAGAAGUUUGUUGUCAAAUUCUUGUCUGAUUUACUCCAAUGCAGGGUAAAACUGUCAUGUCUUAGAAGAAAUCAAGAGAACACAAUGCUGCUAAAAUGUCGUGCAAUGUUUGGCCUGUUGUUUUAUGAUUUAGUUAUUAUAGCACGGUUCAAACCUAGACCAACAUGCACUGUGGACGUGCCAAGUUUGUGGAUUCUCUAAUUGUAUCCUAAUAAAAUGUAAGUGGCUUUAUUUAAAAAUAAAAGUCAUAGCUGUGUUUCGCAGUUUCCAACA